AUGAGUCGCAAUCUCUUCCCUGCUAUUUUCGCUAUUGGCGUGGGAGUCUUCACAGGCUACUAUACUUUCCAACCGACAUUCCAGCAACUUCAAUAUGAGAGACAGCAGUCUCAGAAGACCUCGCCUCCGUCUGAUCCUGUUGCUCUAAAGCAGGACACCAGUGCUCUCACCAAAUCUGACUUUCAGCAAGAUCCCAAGUCCACUCAAUGA